AUGGAUGGUACUGUAAUUUCCAAGAAUGGGGCUGCUUUUCAAAGCAAAGCCACACUUCCUGAUGGAACAAUUGAGAUAACAGACACUCUACCUAAACAAGAUUACUAUAAAAGUCUUCGUCGAACCAGUGCUAGUUCACCUGGUUCCCACUUUGCGAUAAAUAACAGUACCAAUGUGUACGAUGCAACAAGUGGUUACCGAAAAUCUAAGGCAAUUGAAUACAAACCUUCAGGCAAAGAGGUUCAAUGCUCUGUGCUUAUGCUUGAAGGUGUUGAACAGGCCUUCACAAUUGAUUCGUUUCUUUGGGCGUUGUGUUCUACUGCGGCAAAUAACUGCGCUAAGUUAAAACCACUACUCAAAUUGAUUUCACGUCAAUUCUACGCAGUCAGUGUCCAGGUUAAUCAUAACCCCGUCCAACUAGCCUCCCAAACCGCAACACAAACUCCUCGUUAG